CCACCACACUCCACCUCACCUGCCGCCGCCUCCACCACACUCCACGAGCGAGUGCCGAGUGACUGGAGUGCGAAAGUGACCUUUGUGAAGUAAAUAAGUGUUGCAUACUAGCGAAGUGAUUUGUAAUACCUGGACGGUGGUAAUUAUCCUUCAUGUCCGACUAUUAGACCAUUAUAUUACAUACACUUUUCUAUAAAAGGUAAACUGAGACGAGGAACAUGGCGGACGGCAGACCUCUCAACUUGCGGACCGCGAGCCCGGGCGACGAGGGCUUCAGCGACGGUGUCACCCCGCCGCCGCCGCCGCCACAGCAGCAGCAGCAGCAGCAGCAGCUGGAGCAGUCACCAGGAGGCAGCAACAGAGUGCCAAAAUGCGCCCGUUGUCGCAACCACAACAAACACACGCCCCUGAGAGGGCACAAGCGCUACUGCCCGUUCAAGGAGUGUCAGUGUGCCAGCUGCGAGCUGACCGUCCAGCGGCAGAAGAUCAUGGCGCAGCAGGUGGCCCUGCGUCGCGCCCAGGACCAGGACGAGGCCAGGGCCAGCACUGACCUGAGGGAGGCGCUGACGUGCCCGCCCGCAGCCUCGCCCACCACCACCAGCCUCCCGGAGUGUGAGGGAAGCUGGCGGGACGACGGCGCCUCCACUGCUCUCCUCCCCACACCCACCACGUCUCACCUGCUCAAGCAUCACCUCUCCAGGGACCUCCACCCCUUCCGCCCCCUCCAUGAGUUGUGUUUCGCCGACACCAAUAUUUCCCCGGGACACAUCCGGCCUCCUCCGGCCUACCUGCUGAUAACGACCCGCGAGUCAGGACGCGGACUCUGGGAAGGUGGCAGCAGCCACACUAACAUGUGCUGA